CUCCACUGGAGGAUCAUACAGACAACGACAAACGAGACAGAAGAGCUGCAGAAACAUCAGGAACCAUGAAAUCAACUGAUAUUCCUCUAGUCGGCCUUCUAUUAAUCUUCAGCAUUCAGCUCACGGGCGCGUUCCCGCUGCAAAACACAGCAUUGACCAACGAGGACAGGGAUGUCUUAAAGCUUCUUCUACAGCGACUGGAGGAGACCGUUCCCGCUUCUCCUCAAGAGCAGACACUGGUGAAAGUGGAAGAAGAGGAGGAUGAUCCCGAAGAAACCCGCAUCGAACCUCAACCCAAGAUUGACGCGAGGAACUAUCUGUCUGCUCGGGACUUGAGGACAGUCCGGCAGGACUCCAAGAAAUAUUCCGGGUGUUUCGGGCGCAAACUGGACAGAAUCGGCUCCAUGUCGACCCUAGGCUGUAACACCGUCGGGCGCUCGGGUUCUAAGAAGUGGUGAAGUCUUAACGAUUAGGAGCUUCUACACUGCGAAAACAGUCCAACUUUUAGUGCUGGUAUUACUUUGGAGACUUAUUUCUACUUGAUCUGACCUUACAAUGACUUUUGAUCGCGUAACCUAAUGUAUUCAGGGUCGAUUUAAUCAUACUCAAUUAUUUUUGACAUCGACAAAAAAAGAUGUUAACAUCGAAGCACAAUUUUAGGUUACAUGACUUUUUUUUUUUUACUGUGUUACUAUGACUCCAGAAAUUGUUCUUAACCAUGCAUAUUUAUUUAGAUAUUUAUUUAAUUUCUUUAAACAGUCCAGUUAUAUUUUUAUGCAUAUUUAAUUUAAAUGUCAUUCAGGUCAGUUGUAAUAAAUGUUUACACAUGCAUUUUUUUUCUGAAAUCUUUCUUUCUCGUUUCUUUUUCUCCAAAAUGUAUCUGAACACACGCACCAUGAAUUUCUC